AUGCCUGAAAAUAAGAACCUUUUACAUUGCUAUAAUAGGGGUUGUGGGCAACUUUUCGACCCAAAUGACAACGAUAAAGAUGAGUGUUGUCAUCAUCCGGGUGCUCCUGUUUUCCACGACGCAUAUAAAGGUUGGUCUUGCUGUAAUAAGAAAAGUGUUGAUUUCACUGAAUUUCUAAAUAUUAAAGGCUGUACACAUUCGAAACAUAGUAAUGUGAAACCCCAAGAACCAGAGAAAAAGGUCAUAGACAAAGAACUGGAGGAAAAGACAGUGAUAGAAGUAAGAGCACCGAUUGUUGGGCCGCAACUUCCAAGACCUGCAUUUGAAACACCAGUGGUUACCUUAAUACCAAUUAUAGCUGAUUCUUUAAAGCAGAGUGUGCAAAAGAGUUUGAGCCAAUCGGCUGUGAAAAGUGAUGGGACCAUACCUAUAGGCACAACAUGCAAGAAUGGUGGAUGCAGUGUGUCAUAUGAGGGACCUCAAUCCAGUGAGGGUAUAUGCACAUAUCACCCGGGUUGUCCAAUUUUCCAUGAGGGCCUAAAAUUCUGGUCUUGCUGUCAAAAACGGACCACUGAUUUUAACACCUUCUUAAGUCAACCAGGUUGUACAACUGGUACACACAAAUGGGUUAAAGAGACUGCCCCAGCUGGUACUGUGAAAUGUCGUUGGGAUUGGCACCAAACACCGGAAUAUGUAAUAGUAAGCGUAUAUGCUAAGAAAUAUGACCCAUCAGCAAGUUACAUAAAUGUGAACCCAAUUCGGCUCAAUGUCAAGCUCUUGUUUUGUGAAGAGGGAAAUGCUUCAUUUGAGAUAGAUCUAGAAUUGAGAGGGGUAAUAGACAUAGGCAAGAGCAGUGCAUCAAUGUUAGGUACCAAGGUUGAGAUUAAAUUAAAGAAAGCUGAGCCAGGAGCUUGGAGUAAACUUGAUUUCCCAAGAACAGCCCCAGCCGUCGAGCAACCCUUGCCUGAAAAAGAGGAUCUUGAUGAAGAUGACUCGGUUGACCUUUCCUCUGUUGAAGCAAUUAAUUCUAUUGGAAAAAUCAAUGUAGCUGGCUGA